AUGGGGAGCGGCAGACGGAGGCGGGGGGGCCGGGGUGAAGACCCCGAGGGAGAAAGCAGAGGAGACAGACGGGGUGGAGGGCAGACGCCGGGAAAGGGCUGGACACGGGAAGGCAGACGCGGACAGGGGCAGGCAGACACGGACACGGGAAGCCAGACGGGGGAGGGGAGAGGAGGCAGACACCGAUGGAAAUCUCCUCCCUCCCCAACCCGGGGGUCUCCAGCCCCCUGCCUCGUCGCCCUCCCCCCAACCGAGCAGACGGCCGAGAAGACGCGGGUGGGUGCGGACACGAGCGGAAACCCCCUGCCCACCCCGCGGGGACGGUCGGCAAGUUCGGGAGGUCCGGGCUCGCUCUCCGCGCCCCGCCCGGACGGCUCGGCCGGCCGAGGCCAGGGCAUCCCCGGCGGGCGCCGGGGUCAAGUGCAGCCGCGGCCCCCGGCCCCCCGCACCGCCCCCCCUCCCCAGCCGCUCCUCGGCCCCCGCGCCGGACCGGGCCGGGUCGUACCUGCGCUGCUGCCCCGGACUCCGCCGCCGCUCCGAGGCUCCCCUGGGCUCCGCCAGCCCGCCCUCAGCCCCCCCCCAGCCACAGCCAGCCUCAAGCGUCCCGGGCACAGACCGCCCAUCCUGCGGAACACAGCCCCCAGGCCCCGCCGCCGCCGUCUCCGGCUGCCCGGGGGAGGGGCCGCGGGGGGGGAGGGGCGGGCCCCGUCGCCGUGCCCGCGCGCGCGCGCCCCCCGGCCCCGGCGUUCCAUUGUCCCGCCCCCCCGCCUCCCCCGGCGCGCCCGACCCGCCCCGCGCUUCCCCCCUCCCCCCGCCCCGCCCGCAGGGGCCCACAAACCUCGCGGCCCCCUCUUCGCUGGCGGCCCCCGGCCUGUCUGCGGUGCGCCCUGA